AUGGCUAUGGAAGAAGAGGUAGACGAACCAUACUCAGACUGGAGACUGUUCUUCGAUGGAGUAGUCAACUACAAAGGAUCCAGUAUUGGAGCAUUGUUGAUAUCAGAAACAGGACAACACUAUCCGAUGGCUGCAAAGCUCAAUUUCAGAUUGAAGGGAAAUUGGGCAACCAAGAAUGACAAAAUACUGCCAUACGUAAAUCCGGUACAAAGAUUGUGUGGGAGAUUUAAAAGCAUCGACUUCAGUCAUACUCUGAGGGCUCAGAAUGAGUUUGCUGACGCUUUGGCUACAAUAGCCUUCGUGAUUCAGCACCACGAGAGUACCCACAUUGAUCUCCUAGAGAUCACUCUAAAGGAAGAACAUACUCACUGCGCACACAUCGAGGCCGAGCCAGAUGGCAAGCCAUGGUACACCAACAUAAAGGCAUACCUGGAGAAAGGAGAGUGUCCUCCAGAAAGCUCAGCAAAUCAGAAGAAACCCAUCAGAAGACUAGCCAAUAGAUUCUUCCUAAACAAAGAAGUGUUGUACAAAAAGACACUCGAUCUCGGGUUACUCAGAUGCGUAGACGCCGAAGAGGCCACAAAAUUGCUGAAAGAGGUACACAUAGGAGCUUGUGGACCUCACAUGAAUGGAUUCAUCCUGGCAAAGAAAAUCUUAAGAACAGGAUACUACUAG